GCUAAGAAGUCAAACCUCUUUUAGAUUUGAAGCUCUUUUAGUCAUGCUUUUUAUGUCCUGUAUGUAAUAUAAAGAGAAUGAACUGUAAUAGAUACAUGUUGUUGUAAAACAUUUUUUUAGCAUGACAAUGGCGUCCAUCUUUGUGUUACUCAUCUGCCAACCACUGCUUUUCCUUUCCCUUAUCAUUUUUUUGUUUAUUCGUAUGUCCUUUAUGUGGUUAACAGGCCUCAGCUGCCCAGACUUUCAGAGUGGAGGACCCAGUUUGGCAGGUUGGUCAGGAACACCUUUCCCCAUACGUCUUGGGCGUUUUGGGAAAGGAUGCCGGGGUCUCACAAUCACCCAUCACACCCUAGAGGCGUGCACAGAGACUGCUAAAGACCUGGGGCCUGAUCACAUCCUUUCCUCCAUCAAAUGUAGCAAGUGUGAGCUGCAACCUACCAUGAGCCGUAUCCCCAUCAGGAGGGUGGGGUCAACUGAAACCCCACCUGCGAAAUCCCCUACCAGCACUAACCCCGUCUCAUCAGGAGAUAUGGACACAGCCACCAUGAAGGUCUGGAAACUGCUUAGACCUGGCCUCCAUCGACACCUGUCGCUGUCAGGCAUGUAUACACAAACACGUUGCUUUGCUAUUAGGGGUAGUUUAGAUGUUUGA